GUACGACUGAAAGCCCGUGGUGGGAAUACAACGACAAUAGCACUAGGUCAACAACCGAAAGUUGGGAAGAGGCGACUGAAUAUCCUUGGGAAGCAAAUACUACAACAGAAGGUUGGUAGACUAUACUGCGCAGCCUAAUUACUUAUUUAUAUAGUCGUCCACGCGUGUUUGCGCACGAUCAAGCGCGGCAAAUACAUGGCCCAUUCGCCACCCGCAAAUUGCACGAGUCCAAUUCGAGGUCUUUGAAUCGAAAAAGUUUUGAACGGUUUUUUGAAGUUUUUCAAAAUUAUACACGAGAAACAAUACUAUUACUUAUUAAUAAUUUACAGUAAAUAAUUAUGCAGAAGCUAAUAACUAAUUUAAUCAUCCACUCAUUUGAAUGGCACAACUACUUGACACAAAUAUUUAAAGUUUGUAAGUUCAUUCAAAAUGUUUAUUCAAAAUAUCUUUUGUUUACGAGAUUGGCACUUAUUUCUUCUUUGACACCCAAUUUCUUUAUUGCCAUAUUUUUUUGGGGGGGAGGAGGAGGGAGAGGGGGCUGGUGUUGAUAUGAAGUACUAAGUAUUGUAUUCCUUUCUGUCUGAUGAUGACUUUCUGUCUGAUAAUGACACCUCACAAAACGUCCCCAAAAAAAUUUUGAACAAUAGUUUUACAUAAAGGGGGCUUUAAUGUAGUUUUUCAGGCAUUUCUCGACCUCAAUUUUCCAGAAAAUUCAUUAAUAUUUAACACGUUCCGCAAUUCCAGCAUUCCAGGGCCCCUCUCCGCAAGUUGGGCCCCCUUUUUUACUAUACUUUGGGGGUGUUACACACCCAAUCCCCACACCUCCCCCAGUAGUUCCGGCCCUGAUUUCACGAUGGCAUUAUUAUUCGAAAUUUGGUAUGAUUUAUAUAUGAUUAUUUCCAUACGAAUAGAUUGGCAGCCCAGGGAAAGAUGGUGGCGUCCAACAAAAUAUUGGUGGGAUACGUAUACGACAGAAAAUUGGUGGAAUCCAACCAGAUACUGGUGGCAAACAAGAACAACUGAAAAUUCCUGGUGGAACAACUGGUGGAACAGACCAACUCGCAGCUGGUGGAACAGACCAACUCGCAGUUGGUGGAAAGCGACAAACACAACAACUGAAAAUUCCUGGUGGAACAGACCAACUCGCAGCUGGUGGAACAGACCAACUCGCAGCUGGUGGAACAGACCAACUCGCAGCUGGUGGAACAGACCAACUCGCAGUUGGUGGGAAGCGACAAACACAACAACUGAAAAUUCCUGGUGGAACAGACCAACUCGCAGCUGGUGGAACAGACCAACUCGCAGCUGGUGGAACAGACCAACUCGCAGCUGGUGGAACAGACCAACUCGCAGUUGGUGGGAAGCGACAAACACAACAACUGAAAAUUCCUGGUGGAACAGACCAACUCGCAGCUGGUGGAACAGACCAACUCGCAGCUGGUGGAACAGACCAACGCGCAGUUGGUGGGAAGCGACAAACACAACAACUGAAAGCUGGCAGGAAGGGACCGAAUAUCCGACCGAGAGUUGGGAAGAAGGAACUGAGUAUCCACCGCAACCAACCGAAGAUUGGCGGGAAACGAACGUGUAUCCAUGGGAAAGGCAAACAACUCGAAGUUGGUGGGAAGGUACCAAAAGUUGGUGGGAUACCUACACGACAAAAGGUUAGAGAUUGGUGCCGCCGCCAGGAGGGGGGGGGGGGUAUCCGGGAGCAUGCUCUCUCGAAAAAAUAAAUUUGGGCCUCUGAAAUGGCAUUUCUUGCAUUUGUAGAGGCACUUGGUAAAAAAUGUGAAGGUCUUAAUAAAUCACCAAUUUAUUGACAAUGUCAAAAUAUUGAUUUCACACAUACAAAUCUUAUAGAGCUUUAUAAUGGAACAAAGUUCAGUGGAGUCUAUGAGGCGAUGCGCGCAAGAUACGCAACACUAUCUGCUGCCAAUUUUCCAUCUCUUCCCGAUUUUUUUUAUCGAAUUUGCGCCUGUGUAUUAAUUAAAUUAAUAGAGAGAAUUAAAUAGACAGGCAGGGUUUGUACGGUCCUUAAAAACCAUGAAAUGAGCUAUCUAAUGUAGAGUUUAAAAAGGCAAUGUAAUGUAGUGUGAUUAACUAACUAUUAAAUACUAUAUCAUUUUCUGUUUGAUAGCUUGGAGGCGUUGGUGGGAAAUGAAACCAACACGAGAAGCUACUACCGAAAAUUGGAGGGAAACGACUGAGUAUCCAUGGCAAAGGCAAACAACCAGAAGUUGGUGGGAAGGCACCAAAAGUUGGUGGGAUACCACAACAGGUUAGAGAGCAAUGAGGGAGGCGCCAGGAUUUGUUAUUUGGGGCGGGGGCCUUGGGUUACUGAGAUGGCAUUUCCUCCAUUGUGAAAAAUGUAAAGGCUUUAAUAAAUUACUUUUAACAGCGUCAAAUAUUGAUUUUAGAAUGAUUGACAAUUUAAUUCAGUGGGAGACAUAUGUCCCAUAGAGCUUUAUAAUGGAACAAAGUUCAGUAGAUUCUAUGGAUAUAUAGAUUAUAUUAGAUACGCAACACUCCCUCCCCAAUAGUAGUUUCAAAAGGCUAUGUAAUGCACUGUGAUUAACAAAAAUACUUUAUCAUUUUCUGUUUGAUAGCUUGGAGGCCAUGGUGGGAAGUGAAAGCAACAGCUAGUACCGAACGUUGGGAAGAAGGCACUGAAUAUCCAUGGUGGUGGGAAACAACUAAAUCUUCAUGGCAACCAACCGAAAGAACGUCACGUGAUGGACGCUGGAGGAAAGUUGAUUGGUGGAAAGAUAUUUUGAAACGAAAACACGUCGAUAAAGUCAUCAAACUAUUUAAAGAUUUCCACGUAGACGACGAUAAUUAAUCCCGGACACGUUUCAAAUAUUUUUCUGAGACUUUUGUUUUUUAUCUUUAAAAAUGAUUUUUUAUUUGGGACAUGUAAUUUUUCCUGUAGAGCGUAGUUAUACGAGCGAAUUAAUUUGUUUAACCAUUUCGUAGUUGUAAAUUGAGUUCAAUUGUUGGAUUAUCCUGUAUGACUGAUGACGAUGCAGUAUUUGCUGUUGUAAAUUUGUUUUAAUAAAACAAGCAUUUCAAAAGUUUACUCAA